CCAUCCUUCAAGCAUCAGCAUCAACGACAAAAGCAUCAGUCUUUUCAUCCUCCUCCAUUAUUUUGGGAUAAACUCUCUAAGCUCUGGCUAACCAAAAGCGCGUUAAGAGAAGUCAAUCAACGAAAUAAAUCCCUAUACUUAUACCAGCGCUCCUCUUCUAUAUCCUAUACCUUUGCUCCUGAUUUCUGGCGCAACUGUUCCACUAUUCUACUAAGAGAAGUCAAAAGAUCUUCCCGCUGUGGAGGACCAAAUCUGUCAGAUAUCAGAGAUUAUCCAGCACCAGCCCACUUCUAUCAAUACUCUAUGGAUCCCACCAUGUUCAACUCAAAACGCCAUACCACAAAAUAUACUAGGCUAAAGACCAACGCUACAACUGCUUAUGACCCACACUUUGAGCAACAUCUAAUCGACCAUGUUGUCUUAACACCAUUUUUCGAAUACCCAGAUGGUACUGAGCCAUCCGAACCCAAGAACCUCAGGGAAAUUCAACAAAGAUUACAAGCCCCUCGUCCUUUACUCAAUUCAGAUAUGCAAUAUAGGGAAUUCGCCAAACUCAACGAGAAGGCUGGUAGUGAACAAUUAGUUAUUGCAAAGAUCUUGCCUGUACUUGAGGGAAAGUGGGAAGAUAGUUUCCCGACUGGGGGUGGACAGCUAUUUAACAAUCUUGCUCAUUUGACCGACGGCACUCUAGUUCAGGCUAAGCCUGAUCUUUACCAUGGCGCGCGCCCGAACCAGCUAAAGCAUAGCAUUCGGAAAGACUUGAGUAACAUGCUUAUUCCAACGCGCCAGACCGGACGUCCAAUAGCGCCGAAUUUCUUUGUCGAGGCAAAGGGUCAUGAUGGAAGCUCCGCCGUGCUUAAACGCCAGGCCUGUUAUGAUGCUGCUCUGGGAGCACGAGCCAUGCAUGCCCUGCAGCAAUAUGAGCAUGAAAGAAGCAGCAAUAAGCCGAACUAUUACAACAACAACGUCUGUACUAUCGCAGCUACUUUCAUGGAUGGAUUGCUAGGAUUGUACGUGGCUCGCCCUACAAGAUCUGCGAACAAUCAUAAUCCAGAUACCAAUUAUGUGAUGACCCAGAUUGGGCAAUGGGCAUUACAUGGUGACCCAAAUACUUAUCAGCGGGGUAUAACCGCCUAUCGAAAUGCCCGAGACCUGGCCAGAGAAUUCAGGGACGACUUUAUCAGGCAGGCAAACGAACAAUAUGCAGCUGGUCAAGAUAAUGCCAGUAGUUCU